UGAGUAAUUUAACACGCCGCGAGGGUCCAGUCCGUCACAUCUCCUCUGGACUUUAGUUCUAGCAGACUCGCGGAGAUUUGAGAGCAAAAAAAUGGAUGUGAAACUGCUUGCAGUCGUGGCUGCUCUCACGAUGGUGAUCUAUGCGCCUUCUUCACAAGCAGCCAAGCCCAUCAGUCUUGUGGAACGAUGCUACUGUCGUUCAACUUUCAGCAACAUCCCACGAGGCCUAAUCCAAGAGCUCAGGAUCAUCCAAACACCUAACUGCCCCUUUCAAGUGAUUGCCAAGCUGAAGGCAAACAAAGAGGUGUGUGUGAACCCAGAAAGCCGGUGGGUGAGGCAGUUUGUGAAGAGCGUUAUCAACAAGAGGAAAACCCAAAAAGCACAACUUAAAGGCCUGCAGAGGUCCACCUAAGCCAUCAUGGAGGUCUCGGGCGAUCGUCACUGAUAUGUAACCCAAAAUCAUCUAGUAUGUUGUACAGCACUUAUCCCAGCUGUUCCGCUGCAGCCUUUUACAUGGAAUAAACCUACAACUCUUCGCCAUGAGCACCUGUCCUGCCACCACCCUAACCAUCAUCACUCCUGCCACUUAGAACAAAUAUUAUUACUGCAAAGUACCAUUAUAUCUGUAAGUGUGUGUUUUUCUAGCUGCUUUGUGUAUACCUUUUUUAAUGGACUUUUACAGUAAACAGAUUUUCUUUUGGAGAUAGGGUCAUCCCUCUCUCCUGUCUGUCUUUAAGAAAAAGCAUAAAAUCUGGGGUCAAAUUUUCUAAAGGGAAGAACUGUAUGUCCACACCGAGCAUGACAAACAAUCUUAUUUAAAUAGCCUAGUCUGGUCUGCUGAGGCUGAAAAUUACAUCGAAUCCUAAACAUGGGAUCUGCUUAUCCUCUUUGUCUCAAUUUUCAAAUCAUACCCAAUAAUGAACAAGCGGUUUCUUUUCCCCCCCAAAAAAGUUCAAGUUAAUUGGCUCCGAAGAAUUUCAGUGGGUGCCAGCUGCCCCAGACUGAACAUAAGACGUACACAACAUUCUAAUAAAAAUGGCAAUUACAAUGUUUUUGUGAUGGAAAUUAGGGUGCCAAAAGAUUCUGAGCAUUUCCUGAGCUGAGCUGUGGCUGUGAUUACACAACCCCGACCUAAUCAUAUGUGCUUUUCCAUUCAUUGCAAAAUGCACAACAUCUGGUUCCCAAAAAGUUUUAAUUGAACAGCCAAUAAGCUGAAAUUUACUGGAAUCAUUCAUCAGUGCACAUGAAGGGGGGGAUACAUUGUGAUGCUCACCACCAACAGCUGGUGGUCUUUGUAUCAAUUAAACUUGUAGGUAUGCACAUUUUUCUUUUAAUGGUUUUCAAGAGUUUUUAUAUCAGUCUCCACAUCAGUAAAACGUAUUAUAGAUCCAUUACCUGCAAAUAUAAUAGUGCCAAUACUAACAGUUAAUAGAUGUAGAUGGAUGUUACUACCUACAACUGUCAUGCAGAUAGUAAAGCACUUUAAAUCUAAUGUGUUCAUGUGUUAACAACAAGCUAGUCAUUUAAUCUGGUCAUUAACUUGUGUCUUUUGUUGUACUUUAUGUGUUUAUUAUUAUUCUGUUUUGAUUUUAUUCUUUCCUUUUGAUCACUGAAUGUGUAGCUGCAUGUAACUGUUUAAAUCUGGGAGAUUCAUACAUAUAUUAGUUUAUAUCUCCCUGUCAUAUGUAAUAUUAAUGUUAUACAAAUGUUUUAUUUUUGUACUCUUUUGCAUAUAUUAAAUCCAAACAUUUAUAUGAAGGAACUAUACUUUCACAACUGAGCCAUCUAGCUUUUUAUUGUGAAACUUGUAUACAGCUUUUGAGUAAAAAAAAAAAAGGAAAUCUUUAAAAUCUAACCGUUUUAAUGUGUGCUUUCCUGUAUAUAUUAUGAGCCAUUUUUAUCAUACAUUAUUACACUUGUAUCCACCAAUGCACACGUACAUGCUGCUUGUUUGAGUAGCUCUUUAUAUUGAGUGUAAAGCAUGCUUUGCCAGGGCCAACAUGCAGCUGCUGUAAUCUUACUGUACCAGUGGGUCGGAGGGUAAAUGUAAGCCUUUCAUGUGAGAACAUGUGUUUGGCUUUACUCACAAGGGCAAAUUAAAGGCAAGGACAAUAAUCCUGGGUGCUAUUUAACUAUUAACUCAACAAGCAGCCAUUAGGAAAGCAUUAGAGCUAAAAGGGAUGAACUUUUAACUUCCCUCUGAGGACACUAAGUGAAGCGAAGCGUCGUAGUGAUAUGUGUGGUGUGCUGAUAGAAACAUCAUGGAGACAUAUGGGCUGCCCAUUUUGCGACUGAUUAGCUUUGAAAUCAAGUUUAAGUCACGCCCAGUAGGACAGUAGCUGGGGUGUAACAGUCGGGAAUGGAAAAUAAUCUGAUGUAAUCACUGCUUUAAGUGGCUGAUAGCUGGUUUCACCACAGGAUUCUGCAGAUAAAAACAUUAAUGUGAUGAUUAGGCAGCUUGAAAAUAUAUGAGGCAUUCUGUUUUACAUUUGCAUGCUAUAAGUAGACCAUUUAAAGAUAUUUGUUCACUGACUACUUUAAUUAAAUGUUUUAAGACAAA